AGUUGUAAAGGGAAGGGCUGCUAUCAGCCAUUUUGUUUCUUGUUUGGUGUGGCGACAUCGAGAAUUAUAGUUGAUUCGCGAUUGUUUGUUGAGUAAAAUCUUGUUUAGUGAAAAAACUAAGGUUACAGCUAAGCUCCUUUAAAACACAAUAUUUUUGUACCUAUUUUCAAAUACGCUCUUUGCUUAGAUAAAUAGUUCCUCUCUACCUAGUUUUAUAAGAAUAUGUACAACUAACUUAUGCUCAUUAAAUGCUCAAACUGAAAAAGUUAUGUUAUUGUUCUGACUUUUAAAAAAAUCUCACAAUGCCUUCGUCUGAUAAAAAAGACCCAUCCAGUUCUAAACGGGAAAGUGAAGCUGAAAGAGAGGAAAGGAGGAAAAGGAGAAAAUCUCGCUGGGGUAAUGAAGAGAAGGAAAAGUCCUUUAUUUUGGGAAUGCCUACGGUACUACCUACUAAUUUAAGCAAAGAACAGGAAGAGGCCUAUCUCUGUAUUUUACAAGAACACGUUUUCUGUGGGGAAGUUUUAUCCGUCCAGCUGCAGAUUGAGGAAGUGAGUCGCAAGCUGCGCACGGGUGACCUCGGCAUCCCGGCCAACCCGGAGGAAAGGUCUCCAUCACCUGAACCCAUCUAUGGAAGCGAUGGCAAACGGCUAAACACACGUGAAUAUCGCACACGCAAGCGUUUGGAAGAAGAGCGUCACACUCUUAUUCAAAAGAUGAUAAAAAUCAAUCCAGAUUUCAAACCCCCAGCUGAUUACAAGCCUCCAAUUAUUAGAGUUAGUGAUAAAGUUAUGAUUCCUCAAGAUGAUCACCCGGAUAUCAACUUUGUGGGACUUCUCAUUGGGCCAAGAGGAAACACUCUCAAGUCAAUGGAGAGAGAUACUGGAGCAAAGAUAAUCAUUAGAGGAAAAGGAUCAGUGAAGGAAGGGAAGGUGGGCAGGAAGGAUGGUCAACCACUGCCUGGAGAGGACGAGCCCUUGCAUGCUUACGUUACAGCCAAUAAUCCUGAAUGUGUCAAGAAGGCUGUUGACAGAAUAAAAGAAAUCAUCAGACAAGGUGUGGAGGUGCCAGAAGGCCAGAAUGAUCUGAGAAGGAUGCAGUUACGGGAGCUAGCACUUCUCAACGGUACGCUGCGGGAGAACGAUGGUCCUCGGUGUACCAACUGCGGUUCGUCUGAGCACAAAUCCUGGAUGUGUCCAGAUAAACCCAAUGUCACAAAUAAUAUUGUCUGCGCAUCGUGUGGUGGAGCUGGCCACAUUGCCAAGGAUUGUCGACAGAAACGUCCUGGGGAUAAAGUGGUACCGGCUACGAGACAGGAGAAAGCGAAGAUCGAUCAAGAGUACAUGUCGCUGAUGGCCGAGUUAGGUGAAGGUCCGCCACCACCAGCCAAGACAACAGCUGAUGAAACCGCAUCAACUACCAGCCGCUUCACGUCUCGCCCAGCUACUGGGGUGUUGUUUGACCGCAGGCUCACUCCUCGGGCAAUAACUGCUCCCCCACCCCCGGCCACUCAGACUCUGCCUACACCUCCCCAGUUGAUCCCCAACACUCUCCCUCCACCACCCUGGAAUCCCCAACAGCCCCCCAUCGCUCCUCAGGUGAACAUGGCACCAGUACCAAACCUGUCUCAGCCACCUCCCCCGCCGUGGCAGACCCAGACUAUCACGGUGAACAUUCCACCACCACCUGUACUGAAUGUUCCUCCUCCGGCUUCUAACAUGAAUGCUCCCAACGUUCUUCCCUGGAUGACUAAUCCACCGGCAGUGUCUCAGCCGCCCCCUGCCACCACUGCGAUACCACCACCUAACCUUCCUCCUUGGCAGCAGCCAGCUUUGCCUCCCACAACUCAGCCCCCUCCGGCCUUUUGGCCACAGACCUAUGUGGUCCCACCCCCUCAGCCUGUGCAGCCCCCACCUGACCUCCCAAACUUGUUGAGUGCUCCACCCCCACCACCACCCACAUAGAUCCAAUUUUAAUUUAUUAUUUUAAUUCUUGAUGGUAGAUAUUGCAUUUAAUAUCACAAAAACUAGGGCUCAAUAGCAACGCAAUGGAAUAAAUAAACGUUGUAAAUAUUAUACAAA